GCGUCGUGUUCCCGCCUCUCCAGUUAAGGCCGCUGGUGUGAGCCGGGGCUCGGCGCGAGCGAGAGACGACGGAAGGGACGGGCAGGUGUGGGCGCGGGGCCACGCAGCCCGACGGCGGGAGUCGCAGGCGCUGGGCGCAUGGGCCAGUGAGGACGCGCAGAGAUCCCCUCGCCGCGCGGAGGAGCAGCGCGGGAGCCAGGCUGUGCCCCGCGACCCUGCACCCAAGCGAGCGGAACCUCGCGCUUCGCCCGGGGACAGUCCGAAGUCCGCGCUAUGGAAGAGGAGAAAUAUUUGCCUGAGCUGAUGGCAGAGAAAGAUAGCCUGGAUCCAUCUUUUGUGCAUGCAUCGCGCCUUUUGGCAGAAGAAAUUGAAAAAUUUCAAGGUUCUGAUGGAAAAAAGGAAGACGAAGAAAAGAAAUAUCUUGAUGUCAUCAGCAACAAAAACAUAAAGCUCUCAGAAAGAGUACUGAUUCCUGUCAAGCAAUACCCAAAGUUCAAUUUUGUGGGGAAAUUGCUUGGACCAAGAGGAAACUCCUUGAAGAGGCUACAGGAAGAAACAGGUGCUAAAAUGUCUAUCCUGGGCAAAGGAUCAAUGAGAGAUAAAGCAAAGGAAGAAGAACUAAGGAAGAGUGGGGAAGCCAAAUAUGCCCACUUGAGUGAUGAACUUCAUGUAUUAAUUGAAGUGUUUGCUCCACCUGGGGAAGCUUAUUCACGUAUGAGUCAUGCAUUGGAAGAGAUUAAGAAAUUCCUGGUUCCUGACUAUAAUGAUGAAAUUCGUCAGGAACAACUACGUGAAUUAUCUUACUUAAACGGCUCAGAGGACUCUGGACGUGGCAGAGGUAUUAGAGGCAGAGGGAUCAGAAUAACUCCCACAGCUCCUUCAAGGGGCCGUGGAGGUGCCGUUCCUCCUCCCCCACCACCGGGACGAGGUGUUCUCACCCCUCGGGGAAGCACUGUAACCCGUGGAGCCCUUCCAGUGCCGCCUGUAGCAAGAGGCGUACCCACUCCUCGAGCCCGGGGGGCACCAGCAGUGCCAGGAUACAGGGCACCCCCUCCUCCAGCCCACGAAGCUUAUGAAGAAUACGGUUAUGAUGAUGGCUACGGGGGUGAAUAUGAUGACCAAACCUAUGAGGCUUAUGAUAACAGCUAUGCGACCCAAACACAAAGUGUGCCUGAGUACUAUGACUAUGGUCAUGGAGUAAGUGAGGAUGCCUAUGACAGCUACGCAACAGAAGAAUGGGCCACAACCCGCUCUAGCUUGAAGGCACCACCUCCGAGGUCAGCCAGAGGGGGAUACAGGGAACACCCCUAUGGUAGAUAUUGAAGGUCCUUCCCACCUGUGACCUCACCUCAAAGACAAUUCAUAGCCUGUGGUCUCCACAUAAACAGCAACAAGACAAGUAAUAGUCCUUUUUUUGUUUGUUUGUUUUCUAUUCUAGGGAUAACUGCUCAUGAUUACUCCCAUAUAAUUCUUGUAUUUCCCUCUAUACUGUUGGCGUGACAUUGACACUAGCAUUAUUUUACAAAACGGACUGAAAAAGACAUUGGCAAGCAUAGUCUAGAAACCCUUCAGUAGAAUGAUACACUCUCUUAGUUGUUUUCAUUGUUGUGUGUAAUCUUUUUUUUUUUUUUUUUUGAGAAAGAGCAUGAAUCUGUUAACAGAUUUUUGAGUCUCAACCAACUAGGAGAAACUUUGUUUAGAGUUGCUAAAAGACUGUAAUAUGAUUUUUGAACUAGCUGAUAAUAAAGUUGUAGAUAAGAUGUUUUAACCUGUCUUUUAAUAUCUGUUAGUUAGACAAAGAUGUUCGAUAUUAAGUUUGUAAAUUUAAUUUUAAAUGCUGUUUUAAUGGGGUUGAAAAGAAGCAGCUACUGUAUGUAUGUAGCUAACUGAAUUUGUUCAGUGUUUUAACCUGUAUUUGUUAAAAAAAGAAAAAAACACACACAUAAAGUUCCAUGUGUAAGUUUCUCUAAAUAGGAAACCACAAUUUGUCAAAUAUGUUUGCCAUAAUUUGUCAAUAAAGCUGAAAACUUUUGUAAAAACUAAAUUUGGAAUUACUUGUUUUCUAGCUUUAAAUGCCUGCUUUAUUUCUUCUUCAAGAGAUGCCUAAAAUGUUUUCUAUUUAAAAAUUACAAAAAUGAACCCAAGCCUGUUUUAAGAUUUUUGUGUAAUACUUAAAAAUGUAUUAAUAACUUAUGGUUGUUAAAUAAUUUAAAAGUUAACAAACUAAACUGUUACAUGAAUCAUGGUUAGUAAACACUAAUGUAUAACAUGUUAAUGGAAAAAAAUGGAUUUAGAAUAAUAAAUGGAUUUUAAACUAUCCUCUAAGCUUUAUCUUGCUAAACACAAAUUCUGAUUGACUUGUUUGCAUUAGCAUGUCUCUCGUGAGAAAGAGUAAUGGAGUAUAAAGAGGUAAGAUUACCACUUACCACUGUCUAAAUGCCUAGUUCUUCAACCUUUGAGUUUCCCCGCACAUUAAUAUCCCAUCCAACAUGUAAGCAUUGCGUAGAUUCACUUUAUUGUUUUCACUCAAAGGAGUGCGUGGACUUCAUUUGCGUAGUUUAUAACAAUUUGUUUCGACAAACAAAUCAUCAGUGUCACUGGCCAGUUGUUGCUAUUCAACCUCAAAAACUUUAUUUGUAAUUUUCAGUGCUAAAUAUCACCGCCCUUGAAGGCAGUUUAGAGGGCUGAUAUUUCUUUUGAGACUAUCAGACUUGAUGGCUGAUGAUUAUUAAGGAAAUAUGUCGCAGGACUCAAAGGAUGACUAAACGUUAAACAGGUAGCCACAAGCAAAGAACACACAAUUGAGUAAUGGAUAUGAUUUACAAAGAAGGAUGAAGGUAAGCUUAUUUUUUGUUUCUUUGAAACAGAUAAUCUCAUCAGCAUGAACACAUAAUAAAACAUGAAGCUAUAGUGGUGAGCUAAAACACCUAAUGCCACUUGUUGAACUACUGAAAAAGCUUAAUUUGUUGUUAAGAAAUGGAAGUAUUUUCAUUCUCUCUGAAAUAAAGUGGUAUGACUUAGUAUUUACCUGGCAAGACUUUGUGAAUUUAAUCAGAAGCUUGUCAAGCGAAUUGUGAAUUAGUAGUUAAUUUUCAGCCCUUUUCUUUGCUAUAAACGACUAUAUUCUACCUCUCCGUAGUUUUACAAAGAAGGAGUGUUAAAACUUGGUUAUAAAAGAAGUAAGUCACAAUUAUUGGCUAAAACAAAGGGAAGGGAAAGGCUGGUCUGUGACCAACUCCUCACCAACCCCUUGUCAAUAAGAGUAAAAGAACCAAACAUUACCAUUAUUUGCCCCAGUUAUCCCAUGAGACUAGUCAGUAAGCUUUUCUAUUAGAUUUAGCAUAUCGUUACCGAGUAAAAUUACUAUUUGAAAUUAAGACUUGGUUUCUGUACACCAAGAGUUGGAAGCUUUAGUCAAUAAACUUCAGACUGAAAAUAGUGCAGGGUUAGUUACAAAAUCCACAUGCUGAGCUGAUGGUCAAAGAACUGAAAUGACUUGAUGAGGUUUAAAGCAGGGUUUUAAACCUCAAGAUUUAAUCUUCUGUGUCUAGUCCUGUUUUUACUCAUAAAUAUCCAUAAGACAUGUUAACUUUAGUGAUCGGCAUAGGAGAGCUAUGAGAGAGCCUGGAGAUCGCUUCUGAUGGGGGGAAAGGGGGCAGCGGCAGAGACUGAGGGAGACACGAGGUGGAAUGGAAGGACAGGAGCAGCUCAUCCACUGUGAGGAAGGCAGCACCUCCUGGUCAGGGGAAUAGGCUGUCUCAAUUUGUGCAACUGGAAAAGUUCAAUGCAUUUGAGAAGAAAGCAGAAGCUCAGUGAGCCCUGAGGGGCAGACUUAAGAAAGCACACAGAGAAAAGGCAAAGCCUGGAAAUACUACUGGUUCGAGUCAGGUCCCAGUUGUCACUAAGUGCUGUAUUGAAUUUUUUUAAUUUGUAAGGAAAACAAAGAAGAAGCCACUACAGGUUUGAAGAAUGAGUGCUGUUCUUAAGAAAACUACCCCAAUAAUACAAGAUAAACCUCACAUUUAAUCUAUUUUAUCAUUACAGCCUCUUUAUCUGAGAUACCUUUUCUAAAAUUCAAACUGUUAAAACAAUUAUUUAAUACUGUAUUGCUUCAACUAAAGUUAUUUAUCUGCAGAAUUGAACAUCAAAAUUACAAGAUUAAAUUCUGAAAUUGUAUUUAUCAGUAACAUUUCAUAUAUGUGUAAAUAUUAAAAAUUAUCACUAUUUUAUAAAGCAAGAGGAUAAAGAAUCUGUCAUCCAGACAUACUGCUCAUUAUUCUCCUUUAUCCUUUUCAAACAAUGGGCUUGAUCUGGUAAAGUGAUGAAUGAACAACCAGCCAUAGGCUGUUACUCUUUUGAUGUAUUAAUCAAUAUGACUUUUUACUCAUUCCAGUUAUUUGAUUGUUGUGGUGGUCUUAUAAACCUAUGACCCUCUUACCAUUCAGAUUGCAUUUUUAUGUGCAUCAACUCAUGGCAGGGUUAUCACAGCAGAAAAAUCAGUGUUGAACAAGAAAAGAGAACAUUGUUUUUAAGUACAAAAGAAGUCAUUUGCAAGAAAGGAAUUUUGAUUUUCAGAUAUCUUCCUUUUGAGUAACAUAAGCCUGAUUAACUUUGAACAUAAAGUUUAUGUGUUAAACAGCAAAUUUAAAAGACUUCUAUCUAGCUACCUACAUAUAGCUGCAAGAUAAAGAUGGUCCAGGCUGAGAAGAGAGCUCAAAAGGCAGCAAUAGCUAAGAUAUUAGUAUGGCCUUGAAUGUGGGCUCUAUACACUGUGUCACUUAUCCAAUAAAAGCCUCAGAUAGGUUUGGAACACAGAGAGAACCUCUAACUCAAGAGGAGUCUAGGAGGCAGCAAGCCUCACAGGGCUCUCCACACCAGUGAAUAUCAGGUGCAGUCCUGUAGAAGUCUCUAUAAAAUGUUUCACCACACUGGCAAGAGUGAAUCGGGUACAGCAGAGAAAACUGCACACACAAUUGCUUUCACAGAAAGGCAGGGAAGAUGGAGUAGCUUCACCGUAGACCCGUGCUGGCCAGGAAGCAGAUGUGGACACAGUAUCAUUGGAUACAAUAACAUGGAAAGGCAAGAAGAUAAGCUCCUCCCGGCGUGCAGUGCCUCUAGAACUUAAAUGCAAGCCAGGAAAAAGAGAAGGAGAAAAAUAAAUCCCUGAGUUGACAGAGGAACUUCUGUUCAAAAUGAAUCUGAAUUGGCUGGGAUGAUCUUUCUCCACCCAGCAGAAUGGGGACUGAAGUUUGAAAUCAAGUUGAGGUUUAGAAAAAUAUAAUUACAUAUGGCAUAGACUUGCUGACUCUUAAUAUAAUCAUAUUAUAACUUCCCUCUUAAUAUAAUCAUAAAUGAAUAUGCUAGGUUUCUCUAGCAACAGAGAAUGAUAAUUUCUUUAAGUUAGCAGCCUUUUAGUGGAAACUUUUAUUUGAAUGAAAACCAUUCAGCAAGUGGUCCUAAGUGGCAAAUAUAUGCACAAUCAGAGGAUGCCUUCUAUUGUCAGUAUCAGAAAACAAUGCUGGUCCCAUUUGGGUUCAUGGCAUCAAGUCUGCUCUCACGAUCUUCAAUGUGAUGGCUCCCAAAGUUGGCAAACAUCAUGUCUGACAUCCACUCAUACAAGUGAUACGAACUUGCAUGGCAAAUUAAGGUUUUAGAUUAUACUGCAAUCUGUCUAAGCAUAUUUUAAAGUUAUCCGUAUGCAUGCUCUAUGGAUUUUUUCGGAUAAUGCUCUAACUCUUGGUACACUGAUGAUCCCCUUACAACAGGGAACUCACUGAAAAAAUCAGAUUAACUAAAAACUAGACAAUCAGACUAACCAAACGAAGUAUUUUAAAUAGUAAUAAUAAAAUUACCAAUAAAUUAUUUGUGCCUACUAAUAUUUAGCAACAAAAAGUAUUGCUGCACUCAAAUAUGAUUAAAUCAGAAUCAUUUUGAUGCCAUGUAAGAAACUGAAUAGUGCACUGAGGUCUUACUUGUAAUAUUUAGAUAAUUUUCACUUUUAGUUUACAGUAUUAAUGGAAUUGUGACCAUUUAGCUUAAUAACAAAGCAGUAACAGUUUCUAAAUCAGGCUAUCACAAAAUGACAUAUGAAAGGUUAUCAGGAAUUCUUUGAAAGGAAAUUAUUUUUAAAAGUAUGUUAUUAAAAUAUUACUCUUGUUCUUUUAGGUCUUUACAUGAAAAGAUACAGACUAGUAUUUUUAAAACUACAAAUGCCUUUUAAAAAUGUAACAUUUUAAGGUUGAUUGAUGGGUACAAAUGUUCAAUUAGAAGAAAUAAGACCUAGUGUUUGAUAGAUCAGUAGGAUGACUAUAGUUCAUAAUAAUCUAUUGUAUAUUUCAAAGUAGCUGGAAGAGAAUAAUUCAGAUGUUUCUUGCAUAAAGACAGACAAAUAUUUAAGGUGGUGGACAUCCCAAUUAGACUGAUUUGAUCUUUACAAAUUAUACAAAUGUAUUAGAUUAGCACCUGUACCUCAAAUAUAUAUACUCUAUCACAUAAAAGUAAAUAAAAUUUUAAAAUGUACUCCUUAUAUCAUUCUCUCUGUAUUUCCUUUCACAUAAUACAGAGGAUUAUAGGGUUGUUUUAUUUUGUUUUGUUUCUAAAGGGAAUAGAGAACAAUGAUCAAGAAUCUGAGCUGGCUGAGUGUCGAGUAUUAAGCUUCAGUAUCAAAAGCUCUGUUGCUAAAAAAAAAGUUUAACUUUUACU